AUGCAGCGACUCCUCGAGCCGUCCAAGAUGAUGAACAUAGAGUGCCUCCCGAACGAGAUGGCGCACAUGCCUGUAGCCACCAAGAAGGUACCAUCAAAAGCUCUUUCACCGAGAAUGUCCAUUCUUGCGGUUGACCCCAACUCUUCCCAUCGCGGAUCGUCCUCCUACGAGAACCCGAAACCGCGCUACACUUUUGAGAAGCCCGACACGUCGGGCUGGAAACUGAGCGACUUUGAGCUGAAAAGCACGCUGGGCACCGGCUCCUUUGGUCGCGUGCGCGUGGCCCAUCGCAAAGGCUCGGACGAGUACUACGCGAUCAAGUGUCUGAAGAAGCGCGAGAUCAUCAAGAUGAAGCAGCAGCAGCACCUUAGGCAGGAGAAGGCGAUUCUGAUGGAGCUGUGCCACCCAUUCAUCGUGAACAUGAUGUGCUCUUUCCAGGACGAGAAGAAGGUGUACUUUGUGUUGGAGUUCGUGGUGGGUGGAGAGGUAUUCACGCAUCUGCGUUCCGCUGGGCGGUUUCCAAACGAUGUGGCGAAGUUCUAUCACGCGGAGCUUGUGUUGGUCUUCGAGUACCUGCACUCGCUGGACGUGAUCUAUCGCGACCUGAAGCCCGAGAACCUUUUGCUGGACAACAAGGGACACUUGAAGUUAACGGACUUUGGCUUUGCGAAGAAGGUGCCGAACCGGACGUUCACGCUGUGUGGGACCCCAGAGUACCUUGCACCGGAGAUGAUCCAAAGCAAGGGCCACGGGAAGGCGGUGGACUGGUGGACCAUGGGCGUGCUGCUGUACGAAUUCAUUGCCGGCUAUCCGCCGUUCUACGACAACACGCCAUUCCGUAUCUACGAGAAGAUUCUUUCUGGACGACUGAAGUUUCCGAAUUGGUUCGACGGGCGUGCGCGCGACCUUGUGAAGGGGCUGCUGCAGACAGAUUAUACGAAGCGGCUGGGAGCGUUGAAGGGUGGUGCGGCGGACGUGAAGAACCACCCGUACUUCCACGGGGCGAACUGGGACAAGCUGUACGCGCGCCAUUAUCCCGCGCCGAUCCCUGUGAAGGUGAAGAGCGCUGGCGACACGAGCAACUUUGGGAAGUUUCCGGACAGUCCCGUGGACCGUACGCCCACGCUGACACCCGUUCAGCAGGCAGAGUUCAGAGAAUUUUAG